AUGGAGGGCAUGAAGAAGUGCCCCUUCACGAGCGUCAUCCCGUACGGGAUGCUGUACGAGAAGCUGAAAAAGGAGAAGAACAACCAACUCCCCGAAAAUGUUGUGAUCGACGAGUUUAAUCAGCUCCUCUCGACGUAUGAGAGGCCGAGUCCUUAUGACUCGAACAGGCUCAUUCACGCGUCCAACCAGAGCGAUUUGAUCCUUUUCCAGAUAGACAUAGAAUACACAGUAGACAACAUCUUCAAGAGCAUGGUUUUCACGAAUGAUGGGACCCCUAAUGGAAGCGUCCUAACCGACAUGUUUUCUUUUUACCGAACGUUGUUUCAGAACAAUGAGAAGAAUUACGUCUUCGUGCCGGUGAUCCGCAUUUACACCGUGACGAAUGAUGGGUAUAGCGUGCUCGUCAACGUGCACAAUUUUUUCCCCUACUUCUAUGUAGAGAUGCCGAGCGGCUUCGACAAGGAGGACUUGCUAAAGCUCCAGUGCAUGAUGAAUGACAAUCUUAAUGCGAACGGGCAAUACAAAAUAUAUGACAAGAAGAUUCUCAAUAUCGAAAUUGUGCACACGGAGAGUCUAAUGUAUUAUAAGCGAGACGGAAAGAAAGACUUCCUAAAGAUCACCGUCCUCCUCCCUAAGAUGGUUCCUACUUUGAAAAAAUUUUUCGAAGGUGUUCCUAAUGUGAAUGGAAAAAGCAUCGGUGGGAUCGUCUACGAAGCUAACUUGCCCUUCAUUCUACGUUACAUAAUUGACAAGAAAAUCACGGGUUCUUCUUGGCUGCUCUGCAAGAAAGACCACUUCUAUAUUCGACCUAGACACAAAAAAAUAUCCAACUGCUCCUUCGAAAUAGAUAUAUCGUAUGAACAUAUAGAUCCAAUGCCUCUACAGAACGAGUACCAGCAGAUCCCAAAACUAAGAAUUCUAUCCUUCGACAUAGAGUGUAUUAAGCUUGAUGGAAAGGGGUUCCCCGAUGCGACAAACGACCCCAUAAUACAAAUAUCUUCCAUUCUGUACUUUCAAGGAGACCCCAUUGUAAAAUGCUCUAAAUUUAUCUUCACGCUUAAGGAGUGUGCCAGCAUCCCUGGUGCUAACGUCAUAUGGUUUCACGAUGAGAAGACUUUACUAGAUGCAUGGAGUGAAUUCAUCACAAAACUCGAUCCCGAUUUCUUGACCGGUUACAACAUCAUCAACUUUGAUCUCCCGUACAUCCUAAACAGAGGCACUGCUCUCAAUUUGAAGAAGUUAAAAAUGUUGGGCAGAAUAAAAAACAUCAGCAGUGUUGUGAAGGAGUCCAACUUCUCCUCCAAACAGUUUGGGACCCAUGAGACGAAAGAGAUAAACAUCAAUGGGAGGAUCCAGUUCGACGUCUACGAUCUUAUAAAGAGAGACUACAAGCUAAAAUCGUACACUCUCAAUUAUGUCUCCUUCGAAUUCUUGAAGGAGCAGAAGGAAGACGUCCACUACAGCAUUAUGAAUGAUCUGCAGAAUGAGAGUCCCGAGUCAAGAAAGAGAAUAGCUACAUAUUGCAUAAAAGACGGCAUUCUUCCUCUCCGCCUAAUAGAUAAGCUGCUCUUCAUUUAUAACUACGUCGAAAUGGCAAGAGUGACUGGGACACCGUUCGUCUACCUCCUUACGAGAGGCCAACAGAUCAAAGUCACCUCCCAGCUUUACCGCAAAUGCAAAGAAUUGAAUUAUGUCAUCCCUAGUACGUAUAUUAAAUUUGGUAGCAAUGAGAAGUACGAAGGAGCUACCGUCCUGGAACCCAUAAAAGGGUACUAUAAAGAACCCAUUUCUACGCUCGAUUUUGCUUCCUUAUACCCAUCUAUCAUGAUAGCACACAAUCUGUGCUACUCCACAUUGGUGAAGGACAACUCAGACAUCGAAGGCCUCAAAGAGGAAGAGGUCACCUCCAUUCAAGGAAGAAGCAACAUCAAAUUUGUGAAAGGAUCGGUCAAGAAAGGAAUCCUCCCCCUAAUCGUAGAAGAAUUAAUAGAUGCAAGAAAAAAAGUCAAACUUCUCAUCAAAAAUGAACAGAACAAAAUUACUAAGAUGGUACUCAACGGAAGACAGCUAGCACUCAAAAUUUCGGCCAACUCCGUAUAUGGAUACACCGGCGCUGCCUCGGGGGGACAGCUCCCUUGUCUAGAAGUCGCAGUGUCUAUUACGACUCUGGGAAGAUGCAUGAUUGAUAAGACGAAAGAAACCGUGGAGAAAUACUACAAUAAAAGCAACGGAUAUGAACACAACUCUACGGUGAUCUAUGGAGACACAGACUCAGUUAUGGUAAAAUUUGGCACCAGCAGCAUUGCUGAGGCAAUGGAUUUAGGAAAAGACGCCGCGCAAAGGAUAAGCAAAGAGUUCCUCCACCCCAUAAAGCUAGAAUUUGAAAAAGUCUAUUGCCCCUACCUUCUACUCAACAAGAAGAGGUAUGCCGGACUCCUCUAUACCACCCCGGAGAAGCACGACAAAAUGGACUGCAAAGGAAUCGAAACGGUUAGGAGAGACUUCUGCAUUCUGAUCCAACAAAUGAUGGAAACGGUUUUGCACAAACUGCUGAUCGAGAAAAAUGUCGACAGUGCCAUAGAAUAUACAAAGAGCAAAAUUAAGGAACUCUUAACAAAUAACAUCGACAUGAGUCUCCUCGUCGUAACCAAAUCUUUGGGAAAGACGGACUACGAAACUCGACUCCCACACGUAGAGUUGGCGAAGAAGUUAAGGCAAAGAGACAGCGCCACCGCCCCCAAUGUAGGAGAUCGAGUCAGCUACAUUAUUGUCAAAGGGAUUAAAGGACAAGCACAGCACGAACGAGCAGAGGACCCACUCUACGUCCUAGACAAUAACCUAGCCAUCGAUUACAACCACUACCUAGAUGCAAUUAAAAACACACUGUCAAGAAUCUUCGGAGUUAUUCUGAAGGACUCAAACUCUCUUUUCUGUGGUGAACACACAAGAUCCAAAACCAUUUUAACGUCCAGCCAGACGGCUCUUUCGAAGUUCUUACAAAAAGCAGUGAGAUGCAUCGGCUGUAACAGCUCCAUUAAGAAACCCCCUCUUUGCAAUCACUGCAAAUCCAACAAGGAGUUUUCCAUCUACAUGCAGAAAAUUAAUCAUUUCAGAACAAAACAGACUGAGUUUUUCCAACUCUGGACUGAGUGCCAACGAUGCCAGGGGAACCUCCACGCUGAGGUCAUCUGCAUGAAUAGAGACUGCCCCAUAUUUUACAGGAGAGCCAAAAUUAAGAAGGAUAUGGCUAACGUUCAGGAGCAGAUCAGUGCCCUGCGCGCCGAUUGGUGA